AUGCUGAGCCUGACUUCUGUUCUGUGGGAUUUGGGGUAUCCCUUAUAUACCUAUGGCUCCAUCUUCAUUAUUAUCCUAAUUACCUGGUAGGUGAAAAAGAGUUACCAUGGAUUAACACUGGAACCUAAAAGGAGCUGCUGCCUGCGUCACCGAAAAGUCAGACAAAGGGCUAGAGAUGCAGCAUCAAGAGCUAGGAGACUUUCCCAGGAAGAAGCUGAAAAGCCAUGGGAGCUGCUCUCUGUCAUGAAAAGCCGGGGCUGGCUUCCUCAGGAGGGGAGUGUGCAGCAGCUCCUGUGUGCAGAUUCCUGCUGCCAAACCUGCGAUGCCAUGGCUCUGGAGAUUCAGCAGGUGGUGGUGGAGCAUGCCAGGAGGCUGCUGGAAUUCCACCUCCAGUGACAGUUGAUUCACCAUCGCUGGGGCCUGCCCCAGAAGAUCCAGUAGUCCAUCCAUUUGCUUCUGUCCCCUGCUGACGAGCAGACUCUCUCCUGGAGCAGCACAGCCCUAGACAAUGUGAACGUCUCCCAUCCUACAGCUCUAGAGGGCACUGGCGUUGGCAACCCAUUCCCAGCCGUCAAGGACUCAGUGUCAGUCCCUAUGCCGCACUUGUUUGACCAGGCCAAGGCAAUAUUGCAGAGCUACAUCGACUCCAAAUGUGGGCAGAUUCACCAGGGCAAGGUUCCUGUCUGCGUAUGUGGCUCCUGGGAGUGUAGAAUUCCUGGGGUCCUGGAAUUGGCUCCCUUUACCUGCACCCCAGAAAGCAAGCCCCUAGAACUACAGGCAGCAAAUGAUCCAGACAAACAACAGAAAACUACACCCUGGAUGCCAACGGCCCUUGAGCAGCAGCAGCAAACCUCACCAGGUGCUAACACUGAACACCCUAAGCUGCCCCAAGCCCUGUCCGAGGGAGCCACUGAGACACUGGAGACAGCUUUACGGCACAAGGAUCUGGCCUUCUUGUCAGGGAUGCCUGCUCUUUAUUAUGUGGUUCUCUCCACGGCCAUGGCCCCAGCAAUAAAUUCCCAAGCUAUGAAAACAGAGAUGGUGCGGCCUGUCGAAUUUCCAGGAGAACCUCUGACUCAGGUGACCUUACCUGAAGAGCAGGGUCUAAGUCCUGGGCCAGGCUUUCAAGAUGCCAACGAGACUUGUGCAGACAUUGCAGGUGAAUUCCACGCUGAAGUGCAGAUGGAAGGAAUAAUCAAGAUGGUGCCUCUAGAAAGCCAGUCAGAGCCUGGGAAGCCAUACUCACUCGGGGAACCCACCUUGGCCAAACUCAAUUUCCAUCUGAGAAAGAAGAUCCUAGAGAUACAACUGGGAAUUCCCCUAAAGGCAAGGGAGUCCUGGGAACAAACUGUAGCAAUGCCAGAGAACAUAUGGACACAGGAGUCUCUUGGGAGUCUAAACAACCACGGAAAAACACUGCUCCAGGAACUCCCCAUCCCACCAGAUAUGCCACGUGCCCUGGAUCCAGAAUGGCUCCACCUCAAACAACAACUGGCCACUGAGUUAAAGGCAGUGCAUCAGAAACAGAAACAACCCAGGUCCAGGGCAGUACCCCAUGAUUCUGUCCACUGGGCCUCCAAGAUCUCACAACCCAGUGGGGACAUGACAGAGACCCAGGUGCUUUGUGUUCAGCUGGAGGCCAGUGUGAACAACCCCAGCCUAGAGGAGCCCCAAAGCCCUGACAAGAGCAAAGACUCAGUCCAAGACCCCACACUGGCAGAAAAGAGAGAGAAGCCAGGCAAACCCAAAAUGGCAGGAGACCACGGAGAAGGGGAUGCCGGGUUUGCAGUCUCUUCCACAAGAGAAAAAAGCCACUCUGCUGAAGCCCAGAGGCCAGAAGGGAUGCUUCUGAACAGGACACCCUGCAGCCCCUGGCAACAGAGACAUCGCUAUCACCUUGGUGCUCCCUGUCAGCACAGUCCCCAGCAUCACCCUCAGCUUAAAUUCCCAGAGAUACCUCCUGGAGUCCCUGUGCGGAAAGACUCUGAGAAGAAUGACCUGCAAGACAGUCAAGCCAAGCUCAAUGUCAUCCUCAAACCAGCAAGCGUUCCUGAGAAUGUCCAGCCUGUGGUGCCCCAGGCAUCAUAGGGCCAGCCUUUCCUGGGCCAACUCAUUCCAGGUAAGCCAUUGCAGGGCCAAACUUUACAAGGUCAGGUUUUGCAGGGGCAGAUGAUGCCAGGCUAUACUCACAAGAGGCCCAGCCUUCCAGAAUCUGGCUUGAGAAAUAAGAUGAAAUCUUUUCUACACUGUAUUAACCCCAAAACCAAAGGCAAAGGGCAUGAGGAAUCCAUGUCCUCCCCAUGUGAGAAAGUGGCUAACACAAGAAAAGAAAAUGUAGCAAAGAGCCUGGCUCCAGCCAAAAGUCCCAAGGGGCGAACUAAGACAGAGGAGACAAGAGGGGACCCAAAGGCCCAAUUUCUGCCUACUGAGAAGCAGGUGGGCCUGGCCUUCUUGGAUGGUCCCCAUUCCCCAGACAGUAAGCUCCAGCACCGCUCCCACUCCCAUCAACUCCACUCUGCCUCAGUCCUGGGCAUCCCCCGCCGCUGCCCUCAGCACUGUCCACGAGUGGCUUGUGCCAUCCAACCAGGGGACCCGCCCUCACUCUCACCUCUCACCUCAGAUGGAAACAUUGGUCUGCUCAAGAAGACCCAGUGCAUUCGAAAGACUCUGUAG